UGUAACAUUUGUAAAUUUAGAUAUAUAACUGUUAUAGAGAUAAUAUUCGAUAACGCUAUCGAAGAUUAUCUCAAGUAAAGUGAUAAUAAUAAUGCGAUAGUUGUGCGCUGAAAGGAACGUCGAUUCUAUAACUAAUCAAGCGAAAGACCGUGUCUGUUCCGCAACUUGUUUAUUUUGUGUGACGUGCCCAUAUGCUCAGUUGUGACAUCGACCUAAAACUAUAAAGAUAUCGAUGUGCUAAGGAUCGAUUCGUGCGAUAGCGAUGUGCUUGUGCGCCUUACCAUUUUUUUUACUAGUAUUGACGAAUAUUAAAUUCCUCAAUAUAUUUCCAAAGUCACGUCGUCAUUGUUAUAGCCGAACGAUAUUUCAAUGUGUAAUGUUAAAAACAGAAUAAAGUUAAUUAACGAAGUCGAGUGACGUGAAAGAAAAACGUGAUUUGUGACUACAAAAUAAUUUGUGCUGAACUGUAGCGUUAACGUCUUAUUGAAAUGGAUCGCUUCAGGCAAAAAUCUAAAAAAGACAAACCAACAAAAUAUGUGGAUAAAGAGAAAUCCCCUUCUUUCAUCGCAGAUGUUAAAACAUUAAAAGAGAACAUUAAAAUAAGGGAGAUAUUAAGAACUGUCAAAAUGAACAGCAGCAUGCGGAUAAAGGCUCCCAAGGGUAGUAAGGUUAUGCAAAAUAAAGAUUUCAAUGACAACGAAGAUCUCUUUGAUGAAAUGGAAAAUGUUGAAGCAGAUAGUUCGGCCGUUCCAAGCGCGACAAAUCCAGAUGUCGUCCUUCACAGCAGUAUUGAAACUAACGAAACUAUUGAUACAGAUGAAACUCUGAAUGAAGAUUGUGCAAACAGUGACGACCAAUUAAAUAGUUCAACGAAUACCGAUAAGCCCAAUGAGGAUAUCAAUGUCAACUCGAUGGCUUGUUCGUUGAGAAAGUCUAGCAGUAUAGCUGGUGAUUUAUGUGAUUAUGUUUGCAUUGAUUCAAGUAUCGAACAAAAUAAUAUACAGGAAUCAGAUACUAAUGUCGUACAAACCCCCCUCGAAAGUCCACAAGUCAAAGCCCGUGAUCGUAAGCUAUCCUUAGACCAAACAAUGUUGACAAGACGUGGAGGCUUCUCACAAUCUGAAUUAGACCUACAUUCGAUUGGUAAAUCUCCAUUAGAAAGAAAAUCUUCUUUCUUCAGAAAGAAAAUGGACAGUUUUUUAAAAAAUACAACAGAAAUAUUUAAACGGCAAUCGUUUCAGACGAAAAAUCCAAACAUAAGCCGAAGGGGGUCAAUGUCAGUUUCGUUACAAUCGCUGAAUGAAAACGGCGCAGCCGUUAAUGCCUACAAUGGGAGAGCCAUUGAAAAGGGAUAUCUACAGGAGAGCAACGUUAGCUUACAGUCAUCGCUGACAGCGGGGUGCAGCAUGUCUAGUUUAUCGGCUAGUCAGAGCGACCGGCCACCGACCGACCUUCUAUCCGAAGAGGACAGUCUUACCGGUAGUCAACCAGCUUUAGUUGCCAGUCAGCCUCUGUGUGACCACUCUUCUAGCAGCAUCAAUAGUUUAAAUGAAGCCUGCCUGCAAGAAGCUUUAUUGAACCGCGCUAUUUCUAUGAGCUCUGGCCUCGACUCAGCCCACGGACAAGGGCGACGGAAAGCCUCCAAAUCCAAUCGAGUAACCUGGUUAGCGAGCGAAGGAUUAACAAACUACUUCAGACGUGUUAUACAAGAUGAAAAAACCAGGCAGAUGCAAGUAUGUCAUUCGUAUCAAGAUUUUUCGACGAUACCCGAGAAUAAUCUUUAUGGACCAAAAGUGGAUUCCAAGGGCAGAAGACUUUCGUACCAGCGAGCCGUGUCAGGAGAAGAUCCGGUACCUCCUUCAAGGUACCAAGACUCCAGUUUGAGAAGAAAAGCUUUGAUACCGGAAAAUUUAGAGGCGAACUUCGAACUAUCGGCCCUGCUUACCGAAUUCACAAAAAAUGGGGUCCCACCUAUCAGGGGAUUUGCACUCGCCAACAUAUGCAAAGAAGCCUUCGAUUACCUCGUGUGGGCUGAAGAGCCGCCGAAUCUGGAACAAGUAUACGAUUGCAAAAAGCUACCUUCUAAUGAGGAAGCAAGGCAGGCUGUGGUCAGGGAACUUGUGAACACAGAAAGUAUUUACAUCCGUCACCUCACCGCCAUCGUAGAGGUAUUCAUAGCCGCUGCACACGCUCUGCAAGACAUGGGUAAACUGCUAGAAGUGGAUACUGAGGGGCUUUUCACUAACAUCCCUGACGUCCUCAAUGCCAGCCUUCACUUCUGGGAGCUUACCUUCUAUCCAAUGAUCAUCGAUGCAGUCCAGAACAAAGUACCUUUUAACACCGAACUGAUGUCGCCCGGCUUCUGCCGUUUCCGUGAUUUAUUCUACCCCUAUGAAAAAUACGUCAACACCCAAUCGAAAGCAUUGGAUUAUUUUCGCUCUCUAUCCAGUAACCCUGAUUUUAUUGCAUACAUUUCCUGGUGUCACGCUCAUAAAUCAUGCAACCGGCUGCAACUCUCGGAUAUAAUGGUGAAACCAAUGCAGAGACUCACUAAAUACGCGCUAAUCAUUCGUCGUAUAAUAACACACACUGACACAGAACCGGAACGAACUUCACUCAUCGCAAUGGAAUCAUUUGCGAAGAACUACGUGAUCGACAUAAACCGUACUAUUCGGCAGCGGGAGGAGAUCGAGAAAAUCGAGAUGCUGUCAAACAUCAUUGAAUCCUACGAAGUCGAGUUCAAAGACGAGGAUCUCGAUAGAUGCUUUAGGAUGUAUGCCAAUCUGAAUCUUAAAGCACCGAUGGUCAACUGCAUUCCGAGCCAAAUGCGAACGUUAAUCUACGAAGGUGAUCUGCGCUUUAAGGACAGCGUCAAGGAGAUCGAAGUCCGGGCCUUUCUGUUGACGGACAUGUUACUAAUUUGCAAGAAAAUCUCCAAAGGGAGUACUUACCAAUAUAAAAUGAUCAGACCUAAAUUCAUGGUUGACAAGAUUGUUCCGUUUCCAAAGUAUAAUCCUCGUACCACUAAGGAUUUGCUGUCACUGGUAUACGUGGUAGUCGACGAAGUGGGAUCGGCUUACAAUGCUUUUGCCCUUAGUGAGCCAUCAAAAGAAUCCGGAGGAUCACUUAGACUUUGGGAGCAAAAAGUGCGCGAGGCAAGAUUGACUUAUGACCUCAGCGUGUGGUACGCCAGAAACCCAUCCCGAGAUAUCUCUGAAAUGGAGAUGGACUCCUCCUCGGAUUACGCCAUGAGCGCCACUGGCAAGGGAAUAAAACAGAGUUCAGAGGACUUGAACAUUGAACGCGAGGCUCGUGAACGAGUGGCAGCCAUGCUCCACCGAAACAUGGGAGCUUCAACCGAAUAUGACUUCUCCCAGGCCUCGAUGAACACAGACUCUUUCGACGGUAUGACAAGCGGCGGUCGCACCACCGGUCUGCAUAGCCUGCGCUACCAGAUGCACCGAACCUCUACCGGAAGCUCAAGGAACUCACGCCUCUCAAGUUUCCAGCACUCUGUCAGUGCCGCUUCUCAUGAUGAGCCGCAGCCUGGCACCAGUAAGGCUGGCCUGUUCCUGAAAGCGGGCCCAUCCGUGGAACACCCAAUUCCAGCAUUGACUGUCGAAGAUGGAGAAUCUCAGGGAGGAGCAUCCACGAUCACUGUGAACGUGGUCAGCGAGAGCGAAUCAGAAACCGUUGUCCAAGGUGAUCUCUCUCCCGUGGUUUUACCUGUUCCGGUUCACGUCCCGGGAGUUCAGCCACCACCGCCUGUGGUGGUGCUGCAACACCCUUCGCCGUACAAGCCUCCCAUGCGCAGCGUGUCCGCCACCCGCCACACUCUGCGCGUACAACCGAAGUCCGGAAUAUACGCUCUUGUACACAGCUUACCGGAUUUAACAAUUGAUCAACUGGCCUUAGCCCGCGACCGCCACUCGCACAGCGCCGGACCACCGUCUGCUUCUGAGAAACUGUACCAAUCUCACCAAGAAUUAUUACAAAAAAAUCGUCUUUCGACGUCUCAAAACCAAUACCUAAGCCCUGACCACCGCAGCGCGAGUCAGCCGCCCUCCAGCCCUACUAGAGCGUCGCUCAAACGAGGACUAGCGUUCUCCUACUCAUUCAAGAAUCCUCCACUUCACAAAAUGGGACAUGUAAACAGCCAAUCUCAGGUUCAAGCCGAACCCACGCCUUCAACAAGUCAACCAUCAAAGCCGGAAAUAGAGGCUGUGAGUCCUCAACCAGGCCCAAGUACUAGCACGGAUAAAGCCGAGAAGAAAACAAAACAAGUCAGCACCAGCAGGAACAAAGAUAAAAAUAAAGAAAAAGGCAAAGAUAAAGAGAAAGGCAGAGAGAAAGACAGCGACAAGGAUUUAUCAAUAAAUAAGAGUGAAAAAGAAAGUAGUGCGAAUUCAACCCCGAGCCGCGUUUCUAAGGAGGGCAAGAGCGAAUGACAUCGGCGCUGGCGGCGGUCUCAUGACUGAGACAGGGCCCCCCGCUUUGACUUUCAUUGGUUUUAUAAGUGGUGCUCAUAAGCUAUCAAAACCAAUGACAUUCUUUUAGUUCAGUGCUUAGUGCUUACUAUAUCAGAAACCAUCUUCGUAGUGUGUUCAUAGUUUUAGGUGUAUUUUUUUAUUAAUUUAACUAUUUGUACAUAAUUUUGAUUGUUGUAAAUAGUUGUAGCUUUCAUAGGUUUUAUAUUGAAAUAAUUAACUUUAAAUUGUUUAUUGGAAUCGGAUAAGAAAUUUGUAAGAAUAAUAAUGUAAUUCUUAUUCGAGUAAUGUGUUUUAGAAAUGUAACUUAUAAGUUUUAUUAAAUGGAAGGAUUUGAUUCGAGCCCUACACACCCCAGCAGAGGGUAAUAGGAAAGAAAGAAGAAGAAGAAAAGUAAUUGUAGUUGUAGGCGUCACAUUUGAGUAGAAUUAAUAUCUUAGUUUAUGUAUAUUAUGAUAUUUGUGUAGUGAAUAAUGGCAUUAUGUAGUUAAAUGAUAAAACUGUAAAUUAUUGUAAAUACUAAUCGUAGAAUUAUUGUUAAUGUAGGCUUUUGUAAAUAAAUUAAGCGCACAACGAGGUCUUGAGCCUUAACAAAGGAAACAUAAUGUGUUCAACGUUUUAUUAAAAUUUGUAACGUUCAAAUUUUCAUACUCUACAUCUUUAUGUUCGAAGUUCGGUGUUUCCCGAGCGCUAUGACAUGUCCUUCUUCAAACGAGGCUUGUGGAGACUAUUAAGCGGUAGGCAGCGGCUUGGCUCUGCCCCUGGCAUUGCUGAAGUCUAUGGGCGACGGUAACCACUCACCAUCAGGUGGGCCGUAUGCUCGUCUGCCUACAAGGGCAAUAAAAAAAAAAUAAAAAAAAAAAAAAAAAAUGUACAUUUUGUAAUAUUUCGUGGUUCAGCAAAUACUUUUAUCGUUGAGUUCUCGUUUUGUUUGUUGCUCCCUAUCAUUUUAUUUCCGAUACAUAAAGAACUGCAAGUAACUAAGGCCUUACAUGACACAUUAGUGAUAGUACGUGUAUUGUACAAUUAGGUAGGACAAUGUACUAAGUACAUAACUUAAGAAUGAAUUAGUUAUAAGACAACCCGGAAAAGAUGUACAUACUAGGUAUUAGACUGACAAUACGACAUCACACUUUUAAAUAUCUUCAUUUUUUGGUUUCACAUCUUAAAUUAUUUAGUACUAAUAAUCUUCUCUAAGUUUAAUAUUAGAACCAAGUGAUACGCACAAUUACUAUAAAUAAUUAGAUACUAUGAAUAUCUGUAGCAUUAAAUUUAAUGUAACAUUUUGUUUUCCAAUCUGUCUGGUUAUUGAAAUAUUCAGGCGAACGUCCGCUCGAGCGUAUGUUGCUCUACUUACUAUCGCAUAGUAUAUUACUUGUGCGAUAUUUUGUAUUGCCAGACGAACCUAAUACAACAUCGUCUUACGAAGGUACUUUGUGGUCUGUAUCAUCAAAUUCAAUGAAAACAAAAACAAUUUUCAUAGAUUAUCUAGACGUUGAUAGUAUUAUUUUCGUCACGUAGGUUAAAAUAGUGCCCCAAUUUUCAAUGAUCAAAAUUUAUGAUUUUGCUGAGUGUGAUGUACUCACGGACGAAGACUAAACGCCAUGGGCGUGAACUGACUUGACGAAUUUUCCCGGUUACGACGUAAACAGGCCAACUUUCUUUUAAUAGUAAAUAGUUAUUUACCAACACAAUUAAAAUAGAACACGCAACAAGCGGUUUAAUUCGAUAUAUCAGGAUACUUGUGAUGCUUUUAGAUUUCUGUUACAACUUUUAAAGUUGGCCUGGACCUUCUCUUUGAAAUUGACACAAAAAAGUUACGUUUAGUCCUUUAGGAAUCGUGUAAUUUUAAUGAUUAUUAUUGCAUAUGUCGAUGUACUAUUGUAUUAUCGCGAUGUCUAACUUGUAGUAGUUAGUUACCUUUGAGAGUAACACAUUUAAGUCAGUCGUCUAUUUUUGAAUAUUUUAUAGUAACCCGUAUCGAUGUGUCUUUAAGAUGCUUAAUCUAUUUAUUAUAUUAAAUAGACUUAUAUUAAAAAUUUUGUAUGGUACAACAAACGACAAAAAUUCACCAGCAGUAGGUGUACAAGCAAAUAUUUUUAAUCUAAGUGUAUUAUUAUUGACAAUCUUUAAUGGACGAUAAGAAUACAGUAAUCAAACAUUUCAUGUACUGCUUUGUUUUAGUUACAAUUACAUAGAAAAUGGAUCUUUAUUCAAUUGUUCAAAUCUUUCCGAAGUAGAUACAGUUUAACAACAAAUAGUGGUUUUUACUCUUAUAUAAAAAUGUACUUCUCUAUCCCCCUUUAAAAUUAAUAGACAGUAGAUAAUAGUAACUUCACAGGUGUUUUCAAGAUGAUAUUUAACGGUUUUCGAUAAUUAUAAUUAGACGAGCGCAUACUUUGACUCGUGCCAACUAUAAUGUUUGUUCCACAUCUAACAUUUCACUAUUGCUACAACCUUCAAUUUUGUCGACUCGAUCCGAGUUUUUCAAUCCUACUAAAUUAUCGGAAAGUGAUGAGUUUGUGCGGUCUUUUCGAUGACUAGUUUUGACAAGUAGUUGUAAAAUAUGAUAAAAAUUAGUACUUCAAAAAGACCGAAUUGAGCCCCACGAAUUUAUAAACAAUCCGAGAAUUUGUAUGGAAUUUUGCAGUUAUGUACAGGUUCUCUCGAGAAUAACAUUGUUUUUUUUUUUUAAUUAUUUUUAUGAACACGAUACAUAUGGCUACUGUAUGUUUCAUCGAUGGGCAGAAUUGCUGGAUGAUCAAUUUUUUAAGAUAGACCACAAGGUAAUCCAAUAAUUACUGCUUAUUGUCAAUCAGAAUGUAAGUAGCACGAUGUGGAACAAACGUUUAGGGUUUAAAAUUCAUUGUAAUUUGUAAUCACAAAAUUGUAGUGUCAAAAUAUCAAUAAACAAGCUUUACGUGUAAA